CACAGCCUCGGGUUUCCCUUCGCAGUAGGGGGACCCUUCUCCUCAUUGGCUGCUGUCGUUGCUAUUGCAACGAGAGGACGCGGCGCAUUGUAGACAUGGCCGCUAUGGAGGAAGCUCAGGGAAGCCCCGGCGGCCCGGUACCCGCUCGGGUACCGCUGACUAAAGAGCCGGCACCUCAAACAGUGCCCGCUACUCAGCUGCCUAUGAAGGUUCACGAGGCGGCGCUGAAGACGGGGCCUGAUUCCUCCAGCGGCCUUGCCACGGCCGGCUUCCGCACUGCCAAGUAUCUGCCCCCCGAAUGGCACCAGACUAAUUAUAACUUGUUCCACAAGGCCCUGUCCAGCUGUGAGGAGUCCGGGAAUAAUAGAGAUGAAUCUAAAGAGCUGUCUGAGAGCACAGCAGCUGCUACAGAGCGAGCACAAAAAGAUUCCACUGCUGCCCUAGGCCUGAGGCUGCAGAACAUCCACUACUGGAAGUCUGAGCUUCAGAAGGAGAUUGAGGAUCUGGAUGCAGAGACCAACCUGCUGGCAGCUCAGAAGUUGAGGCUGGAAAGGGCACUCGAUGCUACCGAGGUGCCUUAUGCCAUCGCAACAGAUAACCUGCAGUGCCGGGAGAGGAGGCAGCCCCCAGACCUGGUCUGUGAUGAGGUGGAGAGGGAGCUGCUGAAGGAAGCUGAGCUUAUCAGAAAUGUCCAGGAGCUUUUGAAGAGAACUUUGAUGCAAGCCACUAACCAGAUGCGAUUAAAUCGAGACCACAAAGAAAUCUGUGAAAUGGACUGGUCAGACAAAGUUGAAACAUACAACAUUGAUGAUAAAUGUGGAAGAUACAAGAACCAGAGCACCAACAUCCAGUUCCAUCCUGGCUCAGUGAAGUUUGAAGAGAGUGCAUCAACACCAGAGACAUGGGCCAAGUUCAGUCAUGACAACAUCUAUAGGGCAGAACGAGAAAGACUGGCUUCAGUUAAUCUUCGCACUUUGAUUGAUAAUAUUCUUCAUGAUGUAUCUGAGGACCUGAGGAUGCAGUGUGCUGCUGUUAAUGAGGCUUUUCACAAACAUUGUUUGGAGCUGGAUGAUACAAAACAGAAACUAGAGCAUCAUUUGAAACAAACCCUUAGGGAAAUAGGAGAUCAAGAAGCUAACAUUGUUGCUCUCAAACAAGCCAUCAGAGACAAAGAAGGCCCCAUGAAAGUGGCUCAAACGAGACUGUAUGACAGGUCUUUUAGACCCAAUGUCGAGCUCUGCAGAGAUGAUGCACAAUUCAGGUUGAUCAACGAAGUUGAAGUAAUAACAGAAUCCAUUGAAUCGCUGAAGAAAAAACUGCAGGAAGCUGAACAGUCUCUGAGGAACCUGGAAGACACACGGAUGAAUUUAGAAAAAGACAUAGCUGUGAAAACAAACAGUAUUUUUAUAGACAGGCAAAAGUGUUUGGCCCAUCGCACACGUUACCCAACUGUUCUGAAACUAGCAGGUUACCGGCCGUAAUCUCUGUACUAACUGGGCACAGUAUAGAAGAAAAGUGUCACCAAGCAUCUUUCAUAUGAAAUGCAUGAAUACUGUUACACACAGAUGUACUGUGUUGGUGGUUUUCUUGUAUUUGGAUUAAAAUGCAUUAGUACCUGA